UGAGGGGCACGUUAUCGAAACUUAACAUAAUUUGGAGAAAUUUGACAGAAAUUGAAACAUGUCCUUGAGUUGCUCUGAAUUGAGACUACAAGGAUAAAACUAACAAAAUUGGAACUACGGAACCGAAGUGACGGACAAACUACAGGACCAAUGCUUUACCAAUAAAAUAAAAAAUGAAAAAAAACAGGACCUAAAUAUACAGGUUGUAAUUGGGAGAUAUUCUUAAUACAUAAAACAUAAAGGGUUUUACUGCAAAAAGCCUGGUUGGGCAAAUAAGCCUUUCCCCAGAUCUCCACUCUGCAACUUUCUUCAAACAACAAGAUGGAAAUAUCUUCCAAACCUGGAGACCCACUGCGAGGCUUCCACAACGUAAUGUGCGAUGGCACGAAAGUUGUCACCGAGAUCGUCUCCGAUCACGGCUCGAUCCACCUCUGCCUCUACCUCAUAACCCAAAACAUCCGCGACUUCAAAGACAUGGUUGUUGGGUUCGAUACAGAAUGGACUUUCGUCGACGCAGGCACUGGAAAAAUCGAAGCUCGCGUCGUCCUCAUCAAGCUCUUCUCCUGCAUUGGCUGCGUCCUCAUUAGAUUGGAUCACAAGUCGGGCCCGGUUUGCCCGUCUCUCAAGAAAUUUCUCAUCAUGAAGGAUGUGAUAUUUGUCGGGAUCCAGAUCAAGGAGGAUCUGGUGAAGUUGAGGGAGAAUUUUGGGAUUGAUAUUAGGAAUGUGGUGGAACUGACUGAGCUGGCUGCCAAUGUGCUUCGAAAGCCGCGGCUUUUCGCGUGUGGCCCGAGGGAUCUGGCAAGGGAGGUUUUGAAGGUUGGGGUUGAGCAGAGGCCGCAGGAUGUGAUAUGGACGAGCUGGGCUGAGGAGUCGCUUACGCCGGAGCAGAUUGAGUGCGCCACCAUUGAUGCUUAUCUUACUUACAAAACUGGGAAGAAGUUGUUGAGCAAAGAUUGACAAAUUGGUAGAAUCUAUUUUCAGGUGUCAUCUCUGUUUUUCUGUUGAGCCACUUAAGGCAAAUUGUUGUAGAGUUUUGUACCCAAUAAAACACUUUCAUUUUGUUGAAAAUUUGUUCAUCGUUUAUGGGAUUUCUUGUAUUGUUUUGCCUGUGUGAAAUGUCAACACAAGGUGGAUCAUGUUUCAAGCGUAGGGAGUUGGGCAUGGUUUGAUUGAAGAAUUGUAUGACAGGCAACAAGCAGAUUGGAAAAUCUCAUUGUUUGCAAUUUCAUGUGUCCAGUCCUGAUGUUGCUAGCAGCAAAAGCUUGUAUAAUUCCUCUUUCUAUGUCACUACAUCUUUCUGGGAACAAA